AUGGCUUCAUUUGCAGCAUUCAAACUUUUCCUUGUGAUGGCACUAUUAGCCACCUCAUGCAUGGCCCAAUCACCCACCGCCGCACCAACCAUCUCCCCCACCGCCGCACCAGUUUCUCCGCCCACCGCCGCCGCCCCCUCCCCGGCCCCAUCCACCCCAGCCCCGGUCGCCGCCCCCACCCCUGCAGAAGACUCUCCUGCCCCAGCCCCGGGCACUCCCGCACCGGCCUCCCCCAGCCCCGUCGGCCGAGGCCCCGCCGCUCCAGGCGCCGACCAGCCUCCUGCCGACGGAAACAGCGGAUUUGUAAGCAGGGCUAGCUUUGGCGGCGCCGCUAUCGCCGCCGUGCUAGUGGCGGUGGCUUUGGCAUAG